GUAGGAGAAAAAGGAACGAAGUACUUGAACGAGUAGUCUGAGGUCACGCAGAGUCAAGGGCAGGCUGGGGCUGGAUCCCUGGCCUCUGGAUUCAGGAGCUGGGGUGCUGCUGCAAGUCCCUUGCCGGCCCGUCAGCACCGUGCGCCCUCCCGGAGCGCUGAUGGCUGGACUGUGGCAGCCUCUUGAGAAAGGGCCCCUCUCUGGAGCCCGCCGAUGCAGAAUCUUCUGCUGAUUCUCAACUUUUCCUGGAAAAAUGAGCCAUUCCCACCAUAUGGUGUCGAACUCUGUGGACCACACCAGUACCAUGCCACCUUCUCACCAUCACCCGGCCACUUCAGCCUCCCACCACCACGGAGAGGGAGACGGCAACAUGAUGAUGAUGAUGCCCAUGACCUUCUACUUUGGCUUUAAGAAUGUGGAACUACUGUUUUCUGGCCUGGUGAUCAAUACAGCUGGAGAAAUGGCUGGAGCUUUUGUGGGAGUGUUUUUACUAGCAAUGUUCUAUGAAGGACUCAAGAUAGCCCGAGAGAGCCUGCUACGCAAGUCACAAGUCAGCAUCCGCUACAAUUCCAUGCCUGUUCCAGGACCAAAUGGGACCAUUCUUAUGGAGACACACAAAACUGUUGGGCAGCAGAUGCUGAGCUUUCCUCACCUCCUGCAGACAGUGCUGCAUAUCAUCCAGGUGGUCAUCAGCUACUUCCUCAUGCUCAUCUUCAUGACCUACAAUGGGUACCUCUGCAUUGCUGUAGCAGCCGGGGCCGGCACAGGAUACUUUCUCUUCAGCUGGAAGAAGGCCGUGGUAGUGGACAUCACAGAGCAUUGCCAUUAACGUCAAACUCCAUGGUGCGGCCUUAUCGAUUGCAGUGGGAAGCAGUUCAAGACUGGAAGACAUUAUUCCUACUCGAAUCUUCCCUUCUUGCUCCUUAACUCCUUACACACACCUUCUCAAUAGAGGUUUAGCUUACAGUCUCUGAGCUAAAGUAGUAACUCUGACUGUUCUUCCUGCGCUGAGAUUCCCAUUUCUCUUGAGGUGUCUUCUCCACCAUCAACUUAGAUCCAAGAUCUAUGUUUUUGUCUAAUCCAGGUAGCUGUCUCUUCAGUGACUUGAUCACCUCCUUUCUUUUUUAGUUUUUUGUUUUUAUUUUUAACAGACAAUCUGAAUUUGGUGGGGUUUUCCUAGGUCAGUGGUGGAAAAGGAUUGACUUCAGCUAGGAUUCAUGGCAGCUGAGGGAAAUUCUUGCCCAACAAAACCCAAAAUCCAAACUUAACACUAAAAAGUAAGUUCUAGUCUUUGGAUUCAAUGAUUUGGAAAUACGUUGUGCCUUUCCCUAGGUGUGAUGUGUUGCACCAAAACCUUAGUAGUGCACAGAGAGGGUGGUUUGAGACUACAAGUCUAGAGCUUACAGAAGUGUGCAUUUUGGGGUGGCUGACUCAUCCAUGGUGUUCCCACUUAACAUUUUGAUUAGAAUGAACUUGCCAAUCAAAAAAAAAAAGAUAGGACAAUCAAGUUGAGAAAAUAGACAUAAGUAUUUUAAAAUAAAACCAUUGACAUUUUACUUUAACUUGGUGCCUUGGUUUGUCACAACUGAAUGAAGCAAAAAAGUUUGAAUCAUUAUCUACCAUUGUUUUUAUGUCUGCCUCUAAACCAGUGGUUUUCAAAUUUUCGCAGGCAUUAGAAUCACCUCAAGGGCUUGCUAAAAACACUAGUUGCUGGGCCUCAACCUAAAGCAGUGAUGGCGAACCUAUGACACGCGUGUCAGAGGUGACACGCGAACUCAUUUUUUUGGUUGAUUUUUCUUUGUUAAAUGGCAUUUAAAUAUAUAAAAUAAAUAUCAAAAAUAUAAAUCUUUGUUUUACUAUGGUUGCAAAUACCAAAAAGUUUCUAUAUGUGACAUGGCACCAGAGUUAAGUUAGGGUUUUUCAAAAUGCUGACACGCCGAGCUCAAAAGGUUCGCCAUCACUGACCUAGAGCCAAAACUUGGCAUUUCUAACAAGUUCCCAGGUGAUGCUCCUGCAGAUGGUCAGGGGACCAUACUUUGAGAAUCUCUGCUUUAAACCUGGUGGGCUGAGCGUGGUUAUUUGAAUUACUGACUGGCAGGUGGUAUGUCUGGGCUUCACUCCUGUACUAAAUGCUGCUGGUCGAUACUUAAUCAUUCCACAAACAUUUAUUCAGCUCUGUGUGUGUGUGUGCCCAAGCACACAUGCAGGAAGGGCUAUAGCCAGAGUAACUUUAUCAGCAUUAUGAAAUCACUAGUCCUUAUUUGUAAAGAUCUUGGAAAUAGCUUGAAGGUUGAGAAAGACCUUUGAUCUGCAAUGCAAAUUAGCCAGUCAUAGGCCAGAAGGACAAAAGUCUAGCCCAAAAAUCUAGUCUUCGGAAGGCUUAGGGUGUGAUCUGCUGAUGGCCAGAUAUUCCUUAGCCCCCAACAUCCAUGCCACACCAGGCAGAGCCUCAUCCUCUACAUGACCAUCUGUUACUUUUGGGGGCUUAGAUUACAGGAGGCCAAAAUCUCUUCUCAUCAAGAAUCACAUUGGCGUUUUAGUUGUUAGUCCAUGCUGCAGCUUUGUUCCUAGUCCAAACUACCUCCAUAAAGUGACUCUUCAAUGCUGGUCUGUUAAAUCCUGCCCUCCUUGGUGCUAGACUCCACUUGUGCCUCAGGGCAGAAGAGAGGACACAGCUAUCCAGUUGGCCUUUGUUGUGGUUGUAAAGUUUGUACUUUCUCUGUGGGUACAGUUAAAUAGUGGAGUGAGGAAUGCGUAGUUCCAUGGGUUUGAACCAAGAGAGGGUUAUGAGCCUACUGGAUCGAGAUUAAAACCUAAGAACCAACGCUUUGUGCUUUUCUCUCAUUCCAACCCCUUGUAGUGCUGAUACUUAGCAUGAGCAGAGUGAAUGACUGGUACUGACAGAGUCCAACAUUAAGGUAUAUGUAGCCUGUUAUUGUCUCAGAAGCCAAGGAAUUACAAAACUUUGAAAAAUAAAAUAUUUCGUAGUGACCCUGGUGCUCUCUAGAAAUCUUGGCACGAGCUGCUAUAAAAUAACCUUUUAGGGAAAGGACCUUAUAAUUAAGGUAAAAAAAAAAAAAAAUCAAGGCCAGUUAAGACAAAGUGCUAUGAAAUUGAAACUGGGCUAGGUCUUCAGAUAGUCAAGGUAGAGUCUCCUGAAAAACCUGAAUUCCAGCAAUUCUUAGACUAGGUUGCCAAAGCAAGGAGCUAAUGAAGGAGAAAAAUAAUAAUAAUAAAGUUUAAAUUCAUUUUCUUGAGCUCUUGAUUGUGGUAAUAUAAUAAUCUUGACUUUCAUUUCUAUAUCCCUGUUCAUUUGAAAUUUUAGUGCCUGACUUCUUUGUAUCCAAAUUACUCUUUUCCUCCUUCCCUGUUCAAAUCUUUUAGAAGCCUGUAUCCCUAUUUCUUUGGCACCUAUUUUGCUCUCCAUUUCCUUUUUCUGUCUUUUAUAACUAGAAGAUAACAUCUUUUAUCCCAUAUAUCUAAUUUAUCAAAUCUCCCUUGCCUUCCUGUAGAACAUUGCCUAUGCUAUAGAUACACCAACCAGGAGUUGUAAAACUUGGUAGAGACCUUAAGCACGUUUUGAGGAGCAGUUGUCCACUGGGAUUUCUAUAAAGUUGGGUAAAGGGCUAUCUGGUGCCAUCUGCAAUUAUAGAAUCUUAGUUGCACUCUCCAGUCUAUGCUGGAGGAACACUCAGCUCCUCAAUGCCCACAAACUUUCUCUGUGUCCAUCGGGGAAGUAGAGAUUAAGGUUUCCUCACUACUUCUAUGGUAGGAUAGUCUGGAACUCCCGUUCAGGCUGUGGGGCACUGGUCUUGAGUUCUAGCCAUAAAGGGUUAGGAGCUGGAAGGGGAGGGAGCAGGAGGUACACUUUCAUGUCAUUUAAUUUUGAUCCUGCCCUUCCCAGCUGCUUCUUUCAGAAGAUAUAUCUAAAGAUACAAAGUCUGCAUUUGAUGUAAUGCCUUAAUUACUGGGUCCACAGUUAAUGUUGACUGUUUUAGAUUGUAAGCUCCUGGAGAGCAGUAUUGCUACAGUAGGAAUGUUUUAACAGUGUCGUGUACAAAAGAAGAAAAUAAAUAUUUUGAUUUUGUGA